UGUUCAUCGUGUUCAGGCGAUGACGUCAUGUCUGUCAGACACUCAGCCGCCGGGCUCGCAGAAGGAGGAGCGCCUUUGUCAGAAGGAGACAUCAUGAAUACAUUACGGCGGCUCAUUGUGCAAUGACGGAGGCGGAGGUGCCAGGUUAUUACAGACCUGCAACUAUUAACCUGCUUAAUGUCAGCAUUAGCCGUACGUAGUGAUGUUUGUGAUACAUUGAAGUCCCUAAAAGUACGUACGGGCUGCACGCACUGAUAACAUGUGAGAAGAACAUGUCAUGUUAAAAUGACAGCCCGGACUCGGCUCCACAAACAUCCAUAAACUCGUCUUCCCAUUAGCCAAACUGCGACACUAGCUUUAGCUGAUGUCGCGUCGCUAGCUAACCGAACCGUCUAGAAUCAUAACCGAGCGGCUUCUCGGGGUUUGGCAGCAGCUGUAGCACCAGGCAAAGGUAAGCGGGACAAGCAGGGUUUUAGUUGUCAAAAUACGACGGCCAGUUGUCUUCAGUUAGCGUUUUCCGUUCACGCGGAGACGAGCCGCUACUCGGCUAAUGUCAUGUAACGCGAGCUAAUAUUGCACAAAGUUAACGGGAGCUAAUAGCUGUGUGUGGCUAACGGUGCCAGCAGCAGCAGCACCACACACACACACACGCGGAGCCCUGUUUCCAGUUCCAGCUCCAGUGAGACAGUGAUAGAUAAUGCAAAGUUAGCGCUGUCAGUGCUACGACAGAUCCACACCAGAGCCUUUUUUUCUCUCUCAUUCUACUACUUUGUUUUUUUAUUGUCGCUUUUUAACCGGGGACAACAGCAUUUAUUGCAUUUCUGCGCUUAUCAACCAGCUGACUCAGGGGCUGCCACUUGAGGACAGUGGGGGCUCUCUGAUGAUCCCCCCGUACAUCCAAUGAACCCCCACAACUCCAUGAAACCCUUCCUACAUCCCACUCCACAGAGCAGUGACAGCCCCUUCCUAAAUGACCCAGUCUCCUGGCAACCAGGCACCAAUCAGCACGCAGGAUCUCUCUCUGUAGUAACCACAGUGUUGGGCGUGACCAAUCCCACACACAGCCAGGGCUUCGGUGCACCCAUGGGUCCAGGUGAGAGCUCUGGAAGUCACAUGAUGCCCGGUGGCAGCCCUGGAAUGGCCUCUGGCAUGGCCUCCCAGUUUAUGGGACAACAGUCCUAUGGAGAUGCUGUAUCUAAAGGCUACGGCCAUCCUGUCAUGUACGGACGUCCCAGCACUGCUUACAACCCUUCCUCAGCCUAUGGUGGAAGUUACUCCAGUAACAGUGGGGGCGCCGGUCUGGGCGCUCGGCCUCCCUCAGACUUCACCCAGGCCGCCGCCGCUGCUGUUGCCGCCGCCGCCGCCACGGCAACUGCCACUGCCACGGCAACUGUCGCAGCAAUACAGGAAAAACAGAACCAGGAGCUGAGCUACGCACAGAUGGGUGGAGCACCCACGUACAGCACCCAGUUCCUGUCACAUUCAGGCCCCCGUGGCCCUGUAGGGAUGAACCCCGGUGGGAUGGUGCCUUCCAGGCCGGGACCGCCGCCCUCCGCAGUGGGCAUGUAUCCCUCUCACCCCUCACAGGCUCAGAAGAUGUCCCAGCACGGAGGCUAUCUCAGCGGACAGCAGGGGCUCAAACGGCAUUUUCACUCAGAGGGUUUUUCAGCACAGCACUAUGGUUCCGGUGGGAUGUCGGGUUACCCUAACCAGCCUCUGCAGUACCCUACUGGCCCUCAGCAGAGAUGUGCCCCCUCUCCCUCUUACCCCUCCAGCCGGAUGCCGUUAAUGGGACAGUACACAUCUGGAUCACACAACCCCGCACAGUUCCCCCCUGGAGCAGGCCAGCCCAACCCUCCACAGUAUUACAAAUCAGAGCCUUUCAAUGGUCAGGGCAGCCUGCCAGCAGGAGGAGCAGGGGGAUACAAUGCCUUCACACAGGCUGCAGUAAACGGGCCAGGUCGAGGUGGAGUGAUGCCCGGGUAUCCCACCUCACCCAUGGGAGGGAACCCCACCCCUCCAAUCACACCCGGCACCAUCAUACCUCCUUACCUCUCCCCAGGCCAGGACACAAAACCUCCGUACCUUUCACCCGACACCAAACCCAACAUCAGCGCUCAGCAGCCCUCUUCAGGAAACCCUAGUGACAACCUGCGGCUGACUUUCCCAGUACGGGACGGUGUCGUGUUAGAGCCGUUCAGGCUGGAGCAUAACCUGGCCGUCAGUAACCACGCCUUCCAACUCAGAGACUCUGUCUUCAAAACACUCAUGCUGAGACCAGACCUUGAACUGCAGUUUAAGUGUUACCACCACGAGGACAGGCAAAUGAACACGAACUGGCCGGCCUCUGUGCAAGUUAGUGUCAACGCAACCCCUCUGUCCAUUGAAAGAGGGGACAAUAAAACCUCCCACAAGCCUCUGUACCUGAAGCAAGUGUGUCAGCCUGAACGUAACACUGUGCAGAUCACUGUAACAGCCUGCUGUUGUUCCCACCUGUUUGUGUUACAGCUGGUGCACCGGCCGUCUGUCAGGUCUGUCCUUCAGGGUUUGAUGAAGAAGAGACUGCUGCCUGCUGAACACUGCAUCACAAAGAUUAAGAGAAAUUUCAGUAGUGGUACGAUUCCCGGGACCCCCGGGCUUAAUGGUGAGGACGGCGUGGAACAGACGGCGAUCAAAGUAUCUCUGAAGUGCCCGAUCACGUUCAGACGGAUCCAGCUGCCAGCCAGAGGUCAUGACUGCCGACACAUACAGUGCUUUGACCUGGAGUCCUAUUUGCAACUUAACUGUGAAAGAGGGACCUGGAGAUGUCCUGUGUGCAAUAAAACAGCUUUGCUAGAGGGGCUCGAGGUGGACCAGUAUAUGCUCGGUAUACUCGUCUAUAUCCAGAACUCUGACUACGAGGAGAUCACCAUAGACCCGGUGUGCGGUUGGAGGCCGGUGCCAGUCAAACCAGACCUGCACAUAAAGGAGGAACCUGACGGCCCGGUCCUGAAACGCUGUCGCACUGUGAGCCCCAGUCACAUGGUUCUGCCCAAUGUAAUGGAAAUGAUAGCAUCUCUGGGCCCGGCGUCCUCUCCUUACCAGAGUCUAGCAGCAGGAGGCAGGAACACGCCGGACUACAACAGACCAGGGAGUCAGGGAUUCUCCAGCCAAACAGGCUUUCCAGAUUUCCCCAACACUCCCAGCACACCGACACUAGGAGAGUACACCUCUGCCUCUGGACCACCACCUCCACUCCCCUACCAGUCUGAGCAGGCGCCUCAUUCUGGACGAAUCGAACAUCCCCAGAACAUCCUGCAGCAGCAGCAGCAGCAGCAGCAGCACAGCUCGGGUGGCCAUGGCAACCAGGGCCUCAGUGACGCCGGUAGUCCACUGCCACAGCGGAACUCUAACACUCAGAACUCCCGGCUACAGAGCGACGGCUCGUUCGGUCUGGGAGGCCCAGGGGCACCUGGAGGAGAGGGAGCUGAUCAUGCACUAGAUCUUCUUCCUGAGCUGACCAACCCGGACGAGCUGCUGUCGUACCUCGGUCCGCCCGACCUGCCGAGCAACAGCAGCGACGACCUGCUGUCUCUGUUUGAGAACAACUGAUGAGACCUUCACCGCCACGUCACGUCCAGACUGCGCCGUCUCUGUCGGGACACAGUUGUCGUGUCCUGCUGUACGUAGAUGUCCACACAGGUGUAGAGGUAUGGGAAGGACAACGACCAGCAUGUUCAACUAUAGCACAAAUCCCAGGCUGAAGGAUCUGCGUGUGUUACACUGAAAAAAGGGUGGCAUGUGUUCAUAAGGAGUGAUAACAUGGCGUCGGUCCCUCGUCUAGAACCUUUUCAUUUUUCCACGUAAACAUCUGCAUCUGCAUCCUCAGAACUGCUGUGCCAAACAUAGGAACCACUGAAGCUGACGAUCAUCAGAGGAGCUGCCACGAGAAAGGUCUGAGAUGUUAAAAGACAAUUAUCAGAAAUAAACAACAAACAAAUCAGUUGCACUGAGUCUGCAGAGAUUAACCAAACGUCCUCUACAUUCACCUUCUUCCUCUUCAUCUGUUGGGGUUUGUUGGUGGUUGAGGAUUUAUUGACUGUAUAUUAUUUCAUGUUUGUUUCCACAGUCGAUGCUGAUGCCACGCUUUAUAAAUCAGCACAACCAAUUUUCUUUUUUUUACUUAUAUGUUUGGCAGAUUUGCAUUUAUUCUCCUCCAGCUGAUAAAAUAGUAAUAAAUUAUAUAGAAAAUGAACUGACAUAAAACAAAUGUAUUGACCAGCA